UGUUGCCGGCGACGGAAUACUAGAAACAUGUUACGAAUUGCGAGUUCAAGCAGCAAUUCGCUGAUACGGGCAUUUUCAGUGCUAAAUAUAAGCCGCCCAUCUGCAGUGUGUGGCAUUGGAAAGAACAAUUCAACGAUCGAUUCAGUGACCGAAACACGAGCGCGAAAUUUACUGCAACCAUACACACCAACAUUAUGUAAUGUUCGUGAAACAAGCUUCUUCAACAAACUCCCUGCGGAUCAAAUAUGGAAAGGUGUCAUCUCGGUCAGUAACGCGGGCAAGAAACGAGGACGUGGGAAGGGUUCCGGUCGCAUCACCGCCAAAGAUCUCAACAGGGGCCAGGUGAUUGGGUACGGCAAAGCGAACAUCGUAUGGCCGGGCCUGUCUGCGCCGGUGAUACGCGGCCGCGAGCUAGUACAGCAGCAAAGGCUUCCGGAGGACAAGGAACGCGAGGCGAAGCUCCGACGCAUCCGUGAUGAAAUGGUCAACUUUAAGCGCAUCAAGUUAAGUCCACUGGAGCGUGGAUGGUCCGGAUCGAAGAUGCCAGGUCGCAGCUUCGGCCCACCGGAUCCAAUCGGAGAAGAUGAGUUCGUGGGCUUCGACACAAAAUGUCUGGAGCUCAAGGCGGUGGUCAACAUGAAGGGUAAUCACGGUCGUAAACGGCGCGUAUCGGCGAUGGCCGUCACCGGCAAUGGAAAUGGUUUGGCAGGAUUCGGUUUUGGCAAAGCAAUCGAAGGUAGAGCCGCGCUUCGACAAGCAAAGAAUCGCGCCGGUCAAAAGCUUAUGCACUUCGACUUGUGCAAUGGUCAUACGGUAUUUCACGAUUUUCAUUGCCAGUUCGGUGCAACAAAGUUGUUUGUCGAGCGGAAGCCCGAGGGCUACGGCCUCAGGUGUCAUCGAGCGAUCAAAACUGUGUGCGAAGUGCUCGGCAUCAAGGACCUGCGGGCAAAGUGCGAAGGAUCGACAAACGUCCAGCACGUUGUAAAGGCAUUCUUCAUUGGACUGCUGAAACAGAAAGAUCAUCAGAAGAUAGCCGAAGAGAAGGGUCUACACGUGGUAGAAUUCCGACCAGAAAACAUGAACUUCCCUAAAGUGGUCGCUAGUCCGACCGUGUGCCGUACGGAAAAGGAGCUGGGAAACAACGAAAUUCUUGACUUCACCCAGUACUGCAUGGACGGGAAAAUUCAGCUGCAGAAGAAGAAACUGCCCCCAUUCUACACCAAGUUCCGGUCGUGGGAAAUUUAUCUAAAGAAACAAGAGUACCUCCGGAACCAGGACAAAGUGCGGCUGCGGAUGAUGGCCGAGACGGGUGAGGUUCGUAGUUUCUUAACGGAAAAGUUUCCCGAGUGCCGCAUGGGACCGGGUGCAAAGGAGGAAUAGGCAUUCGGUGCUGUUCGUUUCUUAGAUUAGUAUUCAUUUCUGGUUGCCUCACAUCAGCGCGUUUACAUGUGAAAGCACAGUUGCGCAGCAGUUAUCAGCAAUGCGGAAAAUACACAACAUUCGUCCGGAAAACAGCUGAUUGUUGUUUGUGUUGGUUUCACCAGUGGGUUCAUCGAUUAUUCUCAGUGCAGGGCUGGUAUGACAAACGAGGAAGAGUACCCGCAGGGUUACCAGUUUAAAAAUAAAUGAAUAAUUUUAAA